AUGGCACAAACAUCCGCUCGAUCCGCUUUCCCGUCCAACAUCCUCAACCCCGCCGUCACCUCUACACCCUCGCCCAGCCACUCCCACUCGAACACGCCGGGAUCCGCCAGCUCCGCCAACAACACUUUCCUCAUGUCUGCGAGCCCCGUCCGGAGCCGCAGAUCAGCCGUCGAAGGCUACAAACCGAAAAUGAUAUCGACAAUCGGCGCCAAGCCCGCCUGCCUGGUCAAUGCCUCUGUCACUUAUGUUGGCGAUGAUCAGAUAUACGCCUUUGGAGGCUUCGACCAGUAUACCGAUGAGGUCUACAACCACGUCCUUCGCCUCAACCUCGUCACUCGACAAUGGAAUCUGGUCGACAACUACGGAGACAUUCCGGGCGUACGAAUGGGACAUACCGCAUGUCUCUGGCAGGGCAGCAAACUGCUCGUCUUCGGUGGUGAGAAUGAGCACCGUCAACAUCUCGCCGACGUCAUCGUGUUCGACUUGAAGACCGCUCACUGGACGCAGCCCGAACUCCAUGGCCCAAUACCUCGCGGUCGCGCUCGGCAUUCGGCCGUCAUAUACGACGAUAAGCUAUAUAUCAGCGGUGGCCAGACUGGGCAUGAUAGUGUACUAGACGACAUUUGCUAUCUCGACCUCAAGACGUGGACGUGGUCCCGGACAUGGAGGUUCGUUCCUCGUUACGAUCACGCCAGCUGGAUCUGGAACGGUCGCAUCUGGAUUUUUGGUGGUAUCAAUGACGAGAUGGAGAAGAGCAAUGAGAUCUGGUGGCUCGAUCUCCGCGGUAGCCCAGAGUUCGACCACGCCAUGAAGUAUGGAACAGGCGACCGGCAACUCAUCUCGUCCCGACAUCGCUACCCUGUACCAGCGUCUGGUCAACUCGCGACCGGAAGCACCGGUUAUACUGCAAACUCGAGCGUUCAGUCAUAUCAUGGCAUGGGUUCAAGUCGCUCACCCUACGUUGCGCCUGGCUCCAUCUCAUCUCUCAAAUUUCACUCCAGUCCGAACCUACCAUCUCAAGCGGCGGGUACGCAUUUCCACAUCUUUUCAUCCGGUUGCAUGCUCGAUUUCGUCACCCCGGCAGAGUUGAGCUGCGAGACAAGCUUGUCCAGUCUGGAGCUAGACACUUUACGGUGGCAGAAGCUCGCCGACGGGAAGGACCUUUACAGCCCCAACUACCGCUGGCACUACUGCACAACAAAUCCCGAGGGAACACAUGCCUGGCUUCUAGGUAGCCCGAUCGAGUCGGCGAAUGAUGGGAAUCACAACGGCGAGUAUCUAAGCGAUGUCCUCGCCAUCGAUCUUCGGAAGUAUGGUAUUCUGGGCAACGAGCUGGCCUCCGACGCGCGCUCAAAGAUGAUGCCUUCUUCCGAUGCGAACGUGUCUUCACAUCUGACCGGUAUUGGUGCGGAUCUUUCUCUAACUUUCGAUCAACCACCCGAGAGCGGCAGCGGCGCAGACUUUAUCAUCACGGCCGAUCCCGAUGAUGAUGACUACGUGGAUGUUGCCGUGCCAGAUCCCAAUGGUUCUUCAACAACCGUGAGUCCAGUAUCGCGGCCGAUCCACGUUCACAAGCUCAUUCUCCAUGCGCGCUGGCCCCAUUUCGCCCGUCUAUGGAGUGCUCAGAUGGCAGAGUUCCACUCGAAGAAGAUGCACAUUCCCGAACCGUACUCAGCAGUUCGAGCGUUCCUAUUUUAUCUGUAUACUGAUAGCAUUGCGCCAAACCCGCAGAAUGGACCCAGCCUGAACGACGUAGCAGGCAUGCUUGUCAUGUCCAACAUCUACGACAUGCCCCGUCUCCGCCUACUUUGCGUCAAUCGCCUGGGUCGGGAGCUCGACAUUGAGCACGCAGCCAUAAUCUGGGAGCGUGCUGCUACUGCUGGAGAGGACUGGCUCAAGCAGCGAGCUGCUACAUUCUGCAUGCAGAACUUUGGUAGAGUCGUCCGCACAGCCGGCUACCGUAGCCUCAGCCCGGCGAGCUUGAUCGAGCUCAGCUGUGAAGCUACUCCAGAAGCGCGCAUCGUUGGUGGAGAGGAUCUGGAUCUCCUUAGCCAAAUCACCGGCCGCUCUUUCGGUGGCAGCAACCGUAAACGCAGUUUGGGUAGCGCAGGCGUCCUCACGGCAGGCGAGGACGACGGAGAGGACGAAGUGGAGGAUGAUGGCAUGGAUGUCAACUAA